AGAUUAAAUCAAGUUCCCUUUCUUUCAACUCCAACAAUGGCGCGUGCGAACGUAUUUUGCUGAAAUGCAAAUAAAAUGAUUAAAACCUAUUUAAAUCCGUGAUUGGUUUGGCGUUAAUAAUGAAUUUCAAAAGCUUCAUUUUGCUCUUAAUUAAUGUGUUCUUAUUGAGUGUCAUUGAGGAUAGUUCUUGUCACGUUUACGAAGGCAGCGCACGUGAGGCCUCAGAACACAUUCACGUACAAGAGCGACCAUGCGCCGUCUGCCCCAGAGGCGGGAAGUGUGUCCCGAAGGUCAAAUGUCCGGCCCACGUCAGACCGGGAUCGUUGAAUCCGACCUGCCACUUGGUCCUUGGACAUAUCGGUAUCUGCUGCUUCACCGGGCAAAAGCAUUCAGCCCAAUUAGAAUCUACUCAGCGUUCUGGCGCCAUCAGUAUAGAAGACAUUAAAAGCAGCCAUGACGUAUCAAGGCAGAAAAUGGUCCAGUGGAUAGCGAACGAGAAAGUUCUAGAACGUUCUGCUGAUACAAUCGUCAGUAGUUCGGCACCUAGUUACGGGCAUCAUUUGUCCAUGGUUACGUACGACAAGAGAGUUGAGGGUCUUGGACGUGGUGGACUGUUGAACGUCUUCGCUGCUCUGGAACUGAAGUCUCGGCAGGCGGUCUCUGAUGAUGAGCUGGAGUUGGGAGCAACAGGACAUACUGAUGGUCCCUUUUGCCCUAAGCCCCCGCAGUGCCCGGAUACCCAAAGCCGGUACAGAUCUAUAGAUGGGGAGUGCAACAAUCUGGCCAACCCAACGUGGGGAGCUGUCAAUACUGGCUUCGAGAGGCUUCUACCACCAGAUUAUAGUGACGGCGUGUGGGCAAUGAGAGUCUCCGCAGCAGGUAAUCCCCUUCCGAGCGCGAGGGUGGUCAGCAGCGUUCUCCUGCCAGAAGGAAACCAUCCAAGUCCCACACACAACCUCAUGUUCAUGCAGUUUGGACAGUUUAUAGCACACGACACCAGCGCUGGAGUUAUGUUCGCAUCGGGUAACAACACUGGAAUAUCCUGUUGCGCUGAAGACGGUGUGGACCAGCUGCAUCCGAAGCAGCAGCACUGGGCCUGUGCUCCAAUCACCGCAGUUCCCGAUGACCCUUUCUAUGGUUUCUUUGGUCAGAAAUGCCUCAAUUUCGUGCGCACACAACUCGCACCAGCCAGCGAUUGUUCCGUUGGCUAUGCCAAGCAAAUGAAUGGCGCCACGCAUUACCCUGAUUUGUCUCACUUAUACGGCACCUUUCCCGAAAAACUCUCAUUGGUGCGCGGCGAGGGAGGGUUUCUGAAGACAUUCAAUGACUUUGGCAGAGCCCUCCCACCUUUGACUAAGAGAAGAGAAUGCGUUAAUAUGGAUGGUGGUAGCCCUUGCUUUGAAUCAGGAGACAGUCACGGGAAUCAGUUCAUCUCACUGACAGCAUUCCACACGUUAUGGUCGAGGGAGCACAACCGAGUCGCGCAAGCCCUGUCGAGGUUGAACCCUCAUUGGGACGAAGACACAGUCUUUAUGGAGACCAGAAGGAUACUGCAGGCAGAAUUCCAGCAUAUCAUUUAUAAUGAGUGGCUUCCUCUAUUGAUAGGUCACCAAAUGAUGCAGCUCUUCAAUUUAUCUCCAUCUUCAGAGUAUUCCUCGUCGUACGAUCCAACAGUCAAUCCGUCUAUUACAGCAGAAUUCGCGACCGCAGCCAUGAGAUUUGGCCACUCCAUUGUUGAUGGAAGAAUUGUAAUUCCCAACACGAAAACAGGAGAAGUUCACGAGACCAUAUCGAUACCGGAAGUGAUGUUUCAGCCGUCGAGAAUGCGGCUACGUCACUUCUUGGAUCGGCUGCUGAUUGGCCUGACGCUGCAACCGAUGCAGAGUGUCGAUCCGUUUAUCUCUGAAGGGCUUACGUCCUACAUGUUCCGUGGCACCAACCCCUAUGGCCUGGAUCUAGCGUCAAUAAACAUUCAACGCGGCAGAGACUACGGAGUCAGAUCCUACAAUAGCUACCGGCGCUUGUGUGGGCUUCAGCCAUUUGAAAGCUUCGAGCAAUUUCCACAAAGUGCUGCAAAGCGUCUAGCGUCUGUCUACGAGAGUCCGGAAGACAUAGACCUUUGGGUUGGAGGUCUGCUGGAGGCGCCGAUGGAAGAGGCAGUUAUCGGGCCAACUUUCGCUCAUAUCAUAGCCGACCAAUUCUACAGGCUCAAGGCUGGAGAUAGAUACUUCUACGAUAAUGGUCCUGAUAUAAAUCCCGGCGCUUUUACUCCAAGCCAACUGACAGAAAUAAAGAAGGUUAAACUAUCAAGACUGAUUUGUGACAAUAGCGAUGGUAUAGAACUUGUAACCCAGCCAGUUGAAGCCUUUUAUAGAGCAGACCUACCAGGAAAUGAAUUAGUGGCUUGCAACAGUGGACGCAUACCUUUUAUGGAUUUGAGCAGAUUUAAGGCGCUCAAAACUUAAUAAAUAACGUCAAUUCGUAGUUUAAGUUUUAUGUAUUUUAUUUAGGUUAUACAAGUAAAUGAAGAGAACGUAAAUGAAGGCUACAUAAACAAUAAAACGGAAUGAAAUGGCGCCAAAAUCUAUAUCUCUCCUAUCUACUAAAACCCUGUUAGUUCUAUUGUAAACUAUAUCAAAUUAAUACAGAUAAAACAUGUUCAUUUAAUUCCCCAAACAAAAAGGUUCCAUCAGUUCGAAUUUCUGUUAUAUUUUGGCGCCAUUGACUUUUGUUUUAUGGCCACAUAAUCUAUGUCAAUUUACUGGUUAUAUUUCUGUUCGCCUAAUACAUUUUUGCAUUUUAAGUUUGCCUUCAUCAGCCGCAAUGGAUUAGCGAGGUUGUGUCUUUGUAGGCUUAACGGAAACAUUACUAGCAUUUAACAACAAUCUUUUAAAAGUUUUUCUCUUCAAAUUGUCUGUCUUACCGGUUCUUUUUUUUUCUAUUUCUUCAAACAUCCCAACUGUACAUCACAGCGGUCAAAUACUUAACAUCUUGAUUUAAUUUGAUUUUGUCACAAAAGUGAAUCUUUUGAUUGUUGAUUUUGCAUGUGCUUUCUACCUUUUGCGACAAAAUCAUGUCGCGCUAUUAUUUAAAGAUCGUAGUUUUUUUUUGAUUUGGAAAAGACACAAUUUUAAUGAUGUUUUUAGUUCGAUUUUGAUGGUUGAUUUGUGAUUGAUUUUUUAAUGAUUUUAAUCAUUCGAAAAUCCAAUUGGUGCCCGAACAAUUGGAUUCUUGGAUUGAUUGCCUAACGUCAUUUUGGCUGUGUCUUUUGCUGAUUAUCGAUUGAUUUUGUUCAUUAUUUUGUUUGAUUGUUUGAUUGUACCCUUGCGACGGCUUCGAUUGUAGUUUGGAUGUAUCUGUCUCUUCAACAAAAUGUUAGUGAAGUUAUCCGUUAACUUGUUCUGUGUAAGUACCUAAUUCAAUGAUUUUUUCAUUAAAAAAUCCAGGAAUCGGGGGUAUUUAAGUCUGUUUUUGCGAUUUUGAAGACAAAUUUACGAAUUUCAAUUGUCCAACCAUUUUCGAGAGUCACGCCUGCAGAUUUACGUUAUUCUUCAUUUAUUUUUAUUUAUAUUUAAUAAAAUAAAAGUGUCCCAUUCGACCGAUCAACAAAUUCAAAGUUUCGUCAUUAAAUAUAGGAAAAGUAAAUAUAGAAUUUAAAAAAAAAGCAUUGGAACGCACUAGUGAGUCGAUAAAUUUAAUUUAGCGCCACCUAUUGAGGAGCGUUGAAACUACGUUGAACAUUCUAUAACGUAAGUGCAAAACGACAAAUUAUGUCACGGAAACAUACUUGUCCUUUUUAAAAUUAUAUCAAUGAAUUAUAUUUUAUUCAAUGGAUUUUCAAUAAAGAACUAUGAAUGGAGUUUCGCGAAUUUGCGCGCCAUUUCAAUUUUUAAUAGGUAGGUAAUGAUAUUGUUUUAAAAUAAUACCUUUUUCAUUUUAAAUAUUGAUAGAAACGGCCUAUGUUUUAAGUAUUUUAACGAUUGAUAAAUAUAAAGAAUUGUUAAGUGCAUAGGAACGGAACAGAACAUUAGUUUUUACCUACUUUAUUAAAAAACUAGAAUUAAUUAGAUAAAACUUAAAUAUGAUUUAUUUUUAUUUGAAUGCAUGCGAUUGCUUGAAUUUUUGUUUGUAUAGAGUAAUAAAAGUGAAGAUUAUUAAAUAUAUAUAUAUUAAUUGAUCGAAA